CACAGAGCUUUGCAUUACUAAAGUAGGAGAUUAAUCUCUUGCUAUCACUUUCGUACAAUUUGUGGUGGACGAGUGACGUAUUUCUACCAGGAUCGAUCAACUUGAUAGACAGUUCAGGCCUCGCUUAGUCUCCGGGGCUUGGUUUGCUUGACCUCCAACUUCGUUCCUUCACUUUCCCACCUUUCAACCCUCCAACUCUCAGCCCUUCAUCCUUCAGCGCAUCCACUAGCCCAUAAUGGAGGCGCAGCACGGUAAUGCAACGGAGACUGUAUCGGCUGUUCAGGAUGCGACCAGGGAUGAGCAAGUACUUUUCGAACCAGGACGACUAGCAGCGCCAUCAGACGGUGGUGAUGGGCCGUGGUCGAUAUGGUCACUUAAACAGAAGAAAAUAAUCAUUCUGGCUGCUUCUUUUGCUUCGCUUCUGUCUCUCCUAUCCGGCCAGAUUUACUUCCCGGCCCUCGAUACCAUUGCAAAGGACUUGCAUGUCACGGAUAGCUUGGUCAACUUGUCCAUCACUACCUACGUGAUCAUUCAAGCCAUUGCUCCGACUUUCACAGCCCAGUCAUCCGAUACGGCUGGACGGAGACCAUUGUAUAUGGUCUGUUUCAUCCUUUAUAUGGCUGCAAACAUUGGAUUGGGCGCGCAAAACAAUUACGCGGCAUUGCUGGUGCUGCGUUGCUUUCAGAGUCUAGGCAGCAGUGGAACGGCGGCGCUGUCCAACGCCGUGGCGGCAGACAUCACGACGUCCGCCAAGCAUGGAAGCUAUGUCUCUUAUGCAGCUGCCAUCCCUAUGCUUGGACCGACGCUUGGACCCAUCAUCGGCGGACUUUUGGCUCAAUACGUCGCGUGGCAUUCCGUCUUCUGGUUCCUGUGGGCGUUAACUGGCGCCGUCGCUAUCCCCAUGGCCAUCUUCUUUCCCGAAACCUGCCGCGAAAUCGUCGGUGACGGCUCCAUCCCGCCCCCAAAAUGGAACAGAUGCUACACCAACGUUCAACGCGAACGCAACGCCCUAAAACAAGGCAAGAAAGUGCCGUACGAUAAACGCAAUGAGCUAGCCAAGUCCCGUCACAUCCGAUUCCCCAACCCUUUCGGCACCAUCAUGCUCCUGCUACAUCGAGAAUGUGGCUUCGCUUUGCUUUACAGCGCCAUCCUCUGCUGCUCAUUCUACGCCACCCUCCGUGGCCGCUUGCUCGACUCAAACUUCCGCCGCCAUGCAAAGCGCCUCGGCAUCUCCCCUGAGAACAACCGUCAAGCCGACCUCGCUGACUUCCCCAUCGAGCGCGCAAGACUAGAAGUCGUGCUGCCAACCAUAAUCUUGGGCAGCGCGUGCAUCGUCGGCUUCGGCUGGACGCUGCAGUACAAGAAGAACUUGGCCGGCCCGCUGAUUCUGCUGUUCGUUAUUGCGUUCUGCGUGUCGGCGUUGUUGAAUUGCGUCGCGUGCCUCAUGCUGGAUUUGUAUCCGGGGAAGGCGGGCACUGUUACGGCGUCCAACAAUUUGCUGCGGUGCUUGCUGGGGCCCGACGCCACUGCUAUCGUGGUGCCUAUGAUCAACGGCAUUGGGAUUGGCUGGGCCGUCACGAUAUUCGCUUUCCUGAAUGUUGCGGCGCUGCCGUUGUUGUGGUAUAUCAUGAAGCAAGGACCCAGGUGGCGCGCUGAGACGCUGCAGAAGAAGUCGGAGAAGGAGGACGCUGGCGGCAGAAGAUAA